AUGCCGAUUUGGAAAUUUGUUGGCCUAUCCCGGGGAUCCGGAAAACCAAUUGUGAAGCCUUUGUGGGUUGUUUAUUACAACAAAAAUAUGGGAGGUGUGGAUCUUUCAGACCAGAUGAUCAGAUCGUACACGAUGCAUCGCCGACAUUCAAAGUGGUAUAUCAAGCUUUUUUUCCACCUGAUAGCUCUUCUUGUCACUAAUGCCUACAUCCUUCACAGGAAGUUCAGUGCCAAGAAGCUAACUCACGCUAAAUUUCGUUUAUCCAUUGUUCAUGAUCUUGUUUCUAGUGCAACCACUGCACCCAUCCCAGCACCGAAAGGGCGAAGAUCAGUUGGUCAGCCACUAAGACGACUCGAAGAACGCCACUUCCCCUCACCCAUCCCCGCUUUCCCUGGUAGUAAAAAACAAAACCCAACUCGCCAGUGUGUAGUUCACAGAGCCUACUACAAAAAGCAUCAAGAUGGCAAGCGUCCACAAGAGAGUCGCGUGUGGUGCCGCAAGUGUGAAGUCGCCUUAUGUACAUACCCAUGCUUUGGGAUUUAUCACAGCAGACGUCACUUUGAUGCAGUUGAUCCAACAGAUUUCAAUUUUGAUACCUAA